UGGGCUGAUGCACCGAGAAGGUCGGGCGCAUGCGCAGUGCUCGGAUUUUGCUUGGCUGCCCGGAGUGAAGCGAACGGGUUGGGCGAUAAACAGGCCGUGGCUAGGGAGAACUAAGAGGGGGGCGUUAGCUCCUCUUGGACUUUUCAUGCCUCGUUUUUAUUUCCAGAUGUGGCUUGGUCUGGACGCAAGGUCCCAGCAGCCAGCUUAAGCUUACUCUUUUGUGAAAGGGGGAAGUAUCUCCUAUGGAAAGCAGUUAAACUUGUGGAGGGAGUGCGAGACGUGAGUUCUCCCCCAUGCCAGGCGAAUGGUGUGGCCUUGAGCUGGUCCAGGAGCCGGCUCGACGUGUCUGAGGGAGGCCCCAGAGCGGGCGGGGAGGUGGCCCUGAGAACACGGGUUCUGUAAAGAGACGUUGGGAAGAUUCGAUUCCGAGAAGAGGAAGCGCCGGAUUGAAAGAGAGCCAGGCCUCUGAGUGGGAGGGGGCUGCUAAGAUGGCGUCGGCCUCCUCCGGGCCGUCGUCUUCGGUCGGUUUUUCAUCCUUUGAUCCCGCGGUCCCUUCCUGUACCUCGUCCUCAGGUUUCAACUUUCUGUGCUGUGGGGUCAGCCAUAAGAGAGCAUCUGGAAUCAAGAGACCCGUGGCACCUGAGGUCUUGGAAGCUAAACAGGAUUCUUACCUCUCAUUGGUGCCUUAUGCCUCUGGCAUGCCCAUCAAGAAAAUAGGCCAUCGAAGUGUUGAUUCCUCAGGAGAGACAACAUACAAAAAGACAACCUCAUCAGCCUUGAAAGGUGCCAUCCAGUUAGGCAUUACCCACACUGUGGGGAGCCUGAGUACCAAACCAGAGCGUGAUGUCCUCAUGCAAGAUUUCUACGUGGUGGAGAGUAUCUUCUUCCCCAGUGAAGGGAGCAACCUGACCCCUGCUCAUCACUACAAUGACUUUCGUUUCAAGACCUAUGCACCUGUUGCCUUCCGCUACUUCCGGGAGCUAUUUGGUAUCCGGCCCGAUGAUUACUUGUAUUCCCUCUGCAGUGAGCCGCUGAUUGAACUCUGCAGCUCUGGAGCUAGUGGUUCCCUUUUCUAUGUGUCCAGUGAUGAUGAGUUCAUUAUUAAGACAGUCCAACAUAAAGAGGCGGAGUUUCUGCAGAAGCUGCUUCCAGGAUACUACAUGAACCUCAACCAGAACCCUCGGACUUUGCUGCCUAAAUUCUAUGGACUGUACUGUGUGCAGGCAGGUGGCAAGAACAUUCGAAUUGUGGUGAUGAACAAUCUUUUACCAAGAUCAGUAAAAAUGCAUAUCAAAUAUGACCUCAAAGGCUCAACCUACAAACGGCGGGCUUCCCAGAAAGAGCGAGAGAAGCCUCUUCCCACAUUUAAAGACCUAGACUUCUUACAAGACAUCCCUGAUGGUCUUUUUUUGGAUGCUGACAUGUACAAUGCUCUCUGUAAGACCCUGCAGCGUGACUGUUUGGUGCUGCAGAGCUUCAAGAUAAUGGAUUAUAGCCUCUUGAUGUCAAUCCAUAAUAUAGAUCAUGCACAACGAGAGCCCUUAAGCAGCGAAACACAGUACUCAGUUGACACUCGAAGACCGGCCCCCCAAAAGGCUCUGUAUUCCACAGCCAUGGAAUCCAUCCAGGGAGAGGCUCGACGGGGUGGCACCAUGGAGACUGAUGACCAUAUGGGUGGCAUCCCUGCCCGGAAUAGUAAAGGGGAAAGGCUUCUGCUUUAUAUUGGCAUCAUUGACAUUCUGCAGUCUUACAGGUUUGUUAAGAAGUUGGAGCACUCUUGGAAAGCCCUGGUACAUGAUGGGGACACUGUCUCAGUGCAUCGCCCAGGCUUCUACGCUGAACGGUUCCAGCGCUUCAUGUGCAACACAGUAUUUAAGAAGAUUCCCUUGAAGCCUUCUCCUUCCAAAAAGUUUCGGUCUGGCUCAUCUUUCUCUCGGCGAGUAGGCUCCAGUGGCAACUCCUGCAUUACUUACCAGCCAUCGGUCUCUGGGGAACACAAGGCACAAGUGACAACAAAGGCGGAAGUGGAGCCAGGCGUUCACCUUGGUCGUCCUGAUGUUUUACCUCAGACUCCACCUUUGGAGGAAAUCAGUGAGGGCUCACCUAUUCCUGACCCCAGUUUCUCACCUAUAGUUGGAGAGACUUUGCAAAUGCUAACUACAAGUACAACCUUGGAAAAGCUUGAAGUUGCAGAGUCAGAGUUCACCCAUUAAGCGCAAAGCCUCAGAAGACCUGGAACAAGAUUUUGCCAUCUCUGUGAUCCCAAGAUGUGUCAGCCCUUGCCCCAGCAAUGCUGAAUUUUAUUCUACUUGGUCAUCAAAAAAGGAGUGUAAUAGAAGCGAGGGGAGCUCCUCCUCCAUCUUCUUGCUGAAGAAGAACCUCCUCUCCUUCCCCUUCCUCAUGAAUGGGCAUUAGUGCCUCAGACAGUUGAGGACCGAAGCAUCCCCUCCACUCCAGAGUUGGCUGGUACGGAUUUUCAACUGGCUAACCCUUGGCCUCCACAAUUGAAUUUUUUUCAGACCCCCAUUCUUCAUGCUGGAAAUGGGAUUGCUGUACUUGGCAGUUUUCUUUCCCCUCAUCUUUGACCAGGAACUGGACUCUUAGUUUCCUCAGGACAGAAUAGCUGGCACAUUAUCUCCACCUUAGUUCUUUCUCCCUGAUCCCCGGAAGAAUACCCCUGUAAUCUCUGUAAAGGUUUUUGGGGGGAUAAGGGAGUUUAACCACCUCUCAGCUUUCUUCUUUUUUUUUUUUUCCUGAAAAAAGGAAAAAGCGCACAGCACACAGUUUCAAGCCAGCUUCAGAUCAAAACUCCAGAAGUGUUGACAAGAUGCCUAUUUGUAGGGUUCCCUCAGAAGAGCCAUGGUGUUUGUGAAGAGAAGAGUAGUGAUUGCUCGGCCAGAAGCAGCUCCUCUGUUUUUUUUUUUUUUUUUUUUUUUGAGAC